AUGUACUGGUCUAUCAUUGAAGGGUUUCGAGAUCUUCGGUAUCAUAUCAAUUAUGCCAAAAUAGACUAUAUUCAACGUUAUUACAGUACCAGCCACAACCCGAGAGUAAUACAAGCCAGGAUUGGUAACGAGCAGCUAUUGUCGCUUAGAACUUACCCUCAGGAUGAAUAUUUGGUCAAGCCGGGUCAAUUUUUGGUUCUUGAGAAGAGGUGUAAAAUGGAAGAUCUAAGGAAUGAACUAAUGAAAUUUCAAAGUGCUGGACCAGAGAGUAGCUCAAAAUUGCCGCCUUUCAACAACGACGACUUUUUGAACUUUUCGAGAUUAAGUUCAUUCCAGGAAGGCGAAGAAGAACAAGAGGACCAAGAAAAUCAAGAGGAAGAACUAAUAUCUAUACAAGAGAAAGAAACAGAUAAUAUUGAAAUUGGAAACAUAAUAGAUAGUGAUCAAGAGGUUCGAGUUGAAGUCCAUCUGAGCGCUGAGGACAAAGAAGAGCUACCCAAAAAAAGUUUGAAGCAGAGAUUGAAAAGUUUUAAAACUUGCUAUCUGGGUAUGCACCUGCUGCUGCUCUUACAGCUGGGCCAAAUGUUAAUUCCAUCACCGAUCCUUGAAACAUUAAGUGGUGCUCAACUAGUUGCAAAGGAAAAAGAACAAGAAGAUGCAGGGAAGAUCGAGGAAGAUGCGAGAGAAGAUCAAUGCAAAAAUCGUCGAGAGAGUGAAAUUCCCCCAAGUUCCGUAUGUUCGAAGCAAAGUAAUGGCAGUGAAGUUUGGAAGAAUGUUCUCAAUGACAUAUCAUUGAGUGCAGCUAGAGUGUCAAUUGGCUAUCCGCCCAAGCUGAAACAACAUUUCAAAAAUUUGAGUAGCGAUUUUAUUGAUGCAGAGAUGAUAUACUUACAAGAAAAUGACAAAAAUAUUCUUUAUAGUCCUAACAGGGCAGUCAGUGAAGGCUAUACUGACAUGUUAAGGAAUAAGAAUACAAAAGAGAGAGAGAUUGAAUCAGUAGGAAAUUAUUAUGACGAUUUACUAAGUGUAUACGAACUAACUAGAAAAGAUUGA